AUGGCUUCUCAAAGGGAUGAGCGUGAGAUGAAAGCGCCUGCAGGAGGGGAUAAGAAAAGGGAUCUGGCGGUGUCUGUUUCUACGUGUCCGGACAAGGAUGGUGCAGAGGAGAGGCGAACGGACAAGCUAGAGCAGGUGAAGGAGUGGAAGAACCGUUUUGAUGAGUUUGUGUCGUAUACUCACACGGUACUUAACGACGUACUUGGCGAUACUCGGCCGGAUGCGACCUCGGAGUUGAAUAGCCGACCGGUAAAUUCUCCGUCAGGUAACGGUGGUAGUUGUUGCAGCCCUCAACAGCACACGCUUGGUGCCGAUCCGCCAUCAAUACAGAGCUCUUCCCAAACCGCCCCCGAAAAAGACCCCAAAUCCACAGGCUCUAAUAAACCGCCUUCAGUGACGGAUCCUAAAAGAAGGGUUUACACUUCGUUGGCCGAGCCUCCCCGAAACGUCAGGCAGUGCAUGGACUGGUUGAUAGCUCUGAAGGGGAAGGAUCCUGAGAAGAACUUGAAGGCUUUGGGUGAGGCAGUUUACGAUUUCCUCGCAGACAAGCCUACCAAGGGUCUCACCGCUGAAAUUAUUGCAGAGAACUUAGGUGAGUUUGUUGGCGGUUGUGAGAAGUUCUUGAAAUGUAUCAAAAACCCCGGCCAGUACAAGUCGGCUUACUGUCCAGAAGCGACGUGGGAUGCAUCAUGCGCGAAGGACGCGGAAGCGUAUGCGAUCAUAUUUGUUGGGAUUGCGCCGAUGCUAUACGCGGGCCUAGAAUUGUUGUUGUCGGAAUGCGAAAUUUCGUAUUAUAUGAUACCUGAUUGUGAAUUGUUGGAUCGUAUGCCACACACGUUAAGAGUUUUUGGUUUCGUAAAGCGGGAAUACCGCGCUAGGAUCUGUUUUGUAGAUCUGAAGAAAGCGUUGAGCCGUUUGGAUGACCAUGAAUUGUACACAGUAUACGACCUCUCUGGCUUUUGGGCCUUCUACUGA